GGAUCUCUGAAGCCUUUGGCCAACUUGCCAAGCGAGCCAACGCGCAACUUUCAUUGAAAAAAAUCUUUUUCAUUUCGUUCUUUCUGCUUCCUAUCUGCUACGCCCCUCUGUGUGUUUCUUGCUAUUCUCCAACUUGAAACCCAGCGACAUGGCGCUGCGCGCAACACCUCCCCCAAGCAGCGGCAACCUGACCGAGCACGUCUAUCAGACUAGCGCCCCAGACGAAGCUUUCACGUCGACCUCCAAGAGCACUUUCCGCGGAACCGCCGAGCGCCGCCCAGAUGCCCGUCCAACAAGCAACACCCGACACAACAAUCCCCAGUCAAAGUCUUUCAAGUCUCAAAUGCUUCCCUCGGGCGAAGUCAUCAACGUCUCCGUUCGUACCGACGUAGACGGCCAUGGCGGUGUGGCAUUGGGUGCUGCUGGUGCCAGCGAGCCCGCGUCUUCGUUUGACAUGGAUUCUACUUUUCGGUCAUCUUUCAAAAAGCCCACCGUGGAACCUUGGCAGCAAAGUACCACCUCUCGCUUUGGCAUGAGCCAGCAACCCUGGGCUUCCACGCACCGUCGUGCCGUCGGCAUUGUACCGUCAGCCAAUCCUACCCAGCUGGAUGCCACCGCCACCACCACCACCACCAAUACCGAUGCUUAUGCCACCGGUACCCAGUUCCACAGCCGCUUCUCCGCCACCAGCAGUCGUCGGGCCCCAACGUCCGUGGACGAGGAAGCCCUUGAGGUACUGCGCUCAGUCGUCAAGGAAGAUGCCAUGCCCGCCGUCGAGUCUUGGCUCCGCUCCGCUCCCGGCUUUGAAGGAGAGGUCGUCAAGCGCAUGAUGACCUCGGUCUCCCGCGCUGUCACCCCGGCCAGCGUGGACUCGGGCCUCGCCGAUCCGUUUCCUGCCAGUGGUGAUCGAGCGGCUACCCCAGACAUGGCCGCCGUCUCCAAAUGGGGUGGGCCCGUUUCUAACAUUGUCUAAAGCAGCAAACAAUGCAUGAUGCUGCCCACGUUUGCUGGUUACAUCUUUCUCCCGCCCAAUUGGCGUCCCGAGACCCCUCGACCAAGUUUGAGCGUUUGUCGUUGUGCUUUCCCCGUACUGUUGCCUUCCUGGCCCCCGCUCUCGCUCGUGUUUCCGUGUCACAUCACGGACACGUCCGUUGUGCCUGCUACAAGAAUAUCAAACCCCAAAAAGCAAAACUCAAAAAAAGAUUUUUUUGUUGUCGCAUCAGGCGAGAAAAAUCCGACCCAUCAUGGAUUGGUGGUGGUGAUGCCUGAACGCGUUCCAUAUUGAUGUUUCUCUCUGCUUUUCCUCGGUCGACCUCUCGCGUGUAAUGGACCCCUACCCUGUCUUUUCCGUUCCGUGUGUGUGUUGUCUUUUUCCUUCAGCAAUCGAUUCCCCUUUUUCCUG